GAGAGAGAGUGAAGGAGAGGAGAGGAGAGCGCGCGCGUGCGGUCAGUGUGUCCUCCGCUCUCUCGUACGGCGCACGCGGCCGUGUGUGUAUGUGUGAGUGUGUGUGUGUAUGAGCGAGUGAGUGUGUGUGUGUGUCGCUCCGGACUCCUUCGCGUCUUCGUUCCGAGCUGUGAGCCGGCAGGUGGGAAUGACAUGAGCACCCAUGAGAGGAAAAGAGGGAGAGACGUACGAGGACAGCAGGUCUUCCUGAGAGCCGAAGAGCCACCCGCCCUCUACACCACCGUACAGCGCUGAGUGUCUCCAAAUGCAGAGCCGACGGUGCAACCAUUCGUCCGACAUGCACCACUCGAGCGUCCAGGAUGCAUUGCUGCGGCUGGCCUCCAUCGUUGACGCCAGCAACCUGCGGGUGGCCAUUAAAGAGACACUGGAGGCCCUGCUGCCCAAAGUGGAGAGUGUGUUUGUGUACCUAUUGAAGGCGGAGUCUCAGAUGGUGUGCGAUGAUCCACCCCAUGAGCUCCAUGCUGAAGGCAAACUCAGGGAGUUGCUGGCGCAGAAGAGGAGGGUGGUUUGUGCCGGUUUGCCCUCUACAGAACUGCAGGAGAAACAGAGAAGCAGCCUCGCAGCACCUCUCCCACCAGACAAACGAGCGGUGAUCAUUCCAUUGCUUGAUGAAGAUGAAGACAAGGUUCUUUCCCUCGUGCUGGUCAGCUGCCGACAGCUCAUGGACCAGGAUGAGCAGAACCUUAAUCUUCUGGAGAAGCAUCUUACCGUAGCCUGCAAAAGAGUGCAGGCACUACAGAGGACAUCAGCAUGGCCAUCAGCCCAAACCCAUGAUGCACCACUCAAAGAAGACUCCGCCGCCACAAAGGAAAAAGAUUACAGAGAAUUAGAUCGCAAGAUUCUGCAGCUUUGUGGGGAGCUGUAUGAUCUGGAUGCCGCUUCGCUUCAGCUCAAAGUCAUCAACUAUUUGCAGAAGGAGACUCAGUCUCAGUGCUGCUGUCUGCUGCUGGUGUCUGAAGACAACCACCAACUCUUCUGUCAGGUGGUUGGAGAUAAAGUUCUGGAGGAGGAGAUCAGCUUCCCCCUGAUGUUCGGGCGCUUCGGGCAGGUGGUGGAGAAAAAAAAAUCCAUCACCUUGCAGGACGUUAGCCAGGAGGAGAGAAGGCAGUUGAGCAAUAUGCUGGGUUUUGAGGCCAACUCUAUGCUGUGCGUUCCUGUGGCCAGCCAGGCCACCGCCCAGGUGGUAGCGCUAGCAUGUGCCUUUAACAAAAAGGGAGGACAGAGGUACACUGCGGCGGAUGAGCAUUUAAUCCAACAUUGUUUCUGUUACACCUCCACAGUACUGACCAGCACACUGGCCUUCCAGAAGGAGCAGAAACUCAAAUUUGAGUGUCAGGCUCUACUUCAAGUGGCUAAAAACCUCUUCACACACCUUGAUGAUGUGUCUGUUCUGCUGCAGGAGAUCAUUGUGGAGGCCAGGAACCUGAGCAAUGCUGAGAUUUGUUCAGUGUUUCUGCUCGACCGUGUCAGUCAUGAACUUGUGGCCAAAGUCUUCGAUGGUGGGGUGGUGAACGAAGAUGAGAAGGAGUUCCGUAUCCCUGCCGAUCAGGGCAUCGCAGGGCAUGUGGCCACUACAGGCAAAAUCCUCAACAUCAAAGAUGCCUACUCCCACCCGCUGUUCUACCGGGGAGUGGACGACAGCACCGGCUUCCGAACCCGAAACAUUCUCUGUUUCCCCAUCAAAGAUGAGAAUGGAGAAGUUAUUGGAGUUGCUGAGCUUGUGAAUAAGACGAAUGGACCGUGGUUUAACCGUUUUGAUGAGGAUCUGGCAACCGCCUUCUCUAUCUACUGUGGGAUCAGCAUUGCCCAUUCCCUGCUGUAUAAGAAAGUGCAUGAGGCGCAGUUCCGCAGUCACCUGGCCAAUGAGAUGAUGAUGUACCACAUGAAAGUGUGCGAAGAGGAGGUGACCAAACUGCUGACCAGUGGUAUUGAGUCAGUCGAAAAGAUUCACCCCAGCUUCGCUGAGUUCACCUACACACCACGCUCGCUACCAGAUGACAACACACCAAUGGGUGUUCUGAGCAUGUUUGAAGAUAUGGGCUUUAUAAACACCUACAAGAUUGACCUGCAUACUCUGGCCAGAUUCUGUCUGAUGGUGAAGAAGGGCUACAGGGACCCACCCUACCACAACUGGAUGCACGCAUUCUCCGUUUCACAUUUCUGCUACCUGCUCUACAAGAACCUGGAGCUCUCCAACUACCUCGAGGACAUAGAGAUUUUAGCUCUCUUUGUAUCCUGCAUGUGCCAUGAUCUGGACCACCGAGGAACAAACAACUCUUUCCAGGUGGCUUCGAAAUCUGUUCUGGCGGCCCUCUACAGUUCAGAAGGAUCUGUUAUGGAGCGGCACCACUUUGCUCAGGCCAUCGCCAUCCUUAACACACAUGGCUGCAACAUCUUUGAGAAGUUCUCAAGAAAGGACUAUCAGAGGAUACUGGACCUGGUGAGGGACAUCAUUCUGGCUACUGAUCUGGCCCACCAUCUCCGCAUCUUCAAAGACCUGCAGAAGAUGGCACAGGUUGGGUAUAAUCCCAGAAGCCGGACACACCGCAGUCUACUCUUGUGCCUGUUGAUGACCUCUUGUGACCUCUCAGAUCAGACCAAGGGCUGGAAGACCACCAGAAAGAUUGCUGAGCUGAUCUACAAAGAGUUCUUCUCUCAGGGUGAUUUGGAGAAGGCGAUGGGGAACAGGCCCAGUGAGAUGAUGGACAGGGAGAAGGCCUACAUCCCUGAAUUACAGAUCAGCUUCAUGGAACACAUCGCAAUGCCCAUCUACAAGCUACUGCAGGAGAUUUUCCCAAGGUCGUCCGAGCUUUACGAGCGCGUGGCGGCCAAUCGCGAGCAGUGGUCCAAAGUCUCGCACAAGUUCACCAUCCGCGGCCUGCCCAGCAACAACUCCCUGGACUUCCUGGACGAGGAGUACGAGCUGAUGCAGGCCCAGGGCGCGUUCGGGGACGACAUCCACCGCAUGAACGGCUGCCUGGAGGACGACUGCGGCAAGAGAGACCAGUGACGGCAGAGGUCCUCCUGCUGACCGCUGAGAUCAAAAAUGAAAAAGUAAAAAACAACAAAAAAAAAUACAAACGUCAGCAGUUCCACACCGACAAUUCGCUCUAGGGAAAGGUAGAACCUUUUCGGCGUCGCCGCGGAGACGGUCUUUGGAGCGCGGUUCGACGUAGAGUUAAGACACUGGAGCUUGUGGGCGGGACUGAUAUGCUGCAGCUAAUGAUGUCAUUUCCAGCCAAUCAAAGCAUUUGUUUGAAAAAAACAUUUCACUUGCGAGUCCUCGAGUGGUCGCUGUAGUCUCCUGUUUCCGUGAAAAAACAAAAACAUUUCCGAAUGUUCCGUAAACAUCGACUUCACUCUGAUAGCUGAACAAAGCCUCAUGCGUUGUUUAAUUUUAUAUACUGCCCUACUGUAAACGUCAUCAAAUCAUCUCUAAAUGCUCACGUACAAUGUAUAGAAGUGGAUUUUAGUUUAAAAAUAUAUAUAUAUUUAUAAAUAUUAGGACAUCUUUUCUUUCUCUAUAGAGAUGUCAGUGUUGCUAGCUAGCUGGUCAGGUUUACGUGCAAACUUUUUUUUUUUUUUUGCAACCACAGUCCAAAUUUAAAGACAAUCAAACCAUAGGAGCCCAAAUUAUGCCCUCGUGAUAUAUUGUCUACAUCAUAGCCAAACAAAUUCAGCCAUGAAUGAAGUUAGUUUGAUUUAGAAACAUUAUUAGCCUAAAUUUGCUUAUUAGCAUCAACUUUAAAUGCGUCAUAUUUUAUGCGUAGAACUAGUGUCUUAUUUUGGAAGUGCCACAUUUUCGAUUCCCUUUAUUUAUUUAUUUUUUUUUUAAUGCAUUUUCACAAUAGCUUCAGCUCCUGGGUCAACUGCAACAAACAUCAAAGCUAAGCUGUGAAAAAGUAAUCGCCCCCUAUGUUUGCACAUAUGUCCCAUUCGUGUGAACAUGAGAGAACAUAAAACUCAUAAAAGUUUCUGAACGAUCAUUUCAUUUAUUGAAGGAAAAAGGUUUUUCACACCCAUGUGAAAAAGUAAACACCCCCCUCCCAGCGUAACUUGAGAUCGGUCGCUCCUUUUGCUAUGGAGGAAUUUUGGCCACAAAAUUGCUUUGUUUCGGCCACAUCGGAGGGCUUUUAUGAAUUGCCCAUCUCAAGGGGGGGGGCCUUUAACAGGCCACUCCAAAACCUUAAUUUAAUUUCUUCUGAGCCAUUUAGAGGUGGACUUGCUUUUCGGAUUUGUUGCCUUGAUGUGCCAACUGUACUUGAGCUUUAGAUCAAGGAAUGAUGACCAGACAUUCUCCUGCUAGAUUUUCUGGUUUCCAUGGCUCUAUGUCAAAUCAUGGCAAGUCACCCAAGGCAGCAACGCAUCCCAGCACCAUCACACUACCACCACCAUGUUUCGCUGUUAGUUUGAUUUUCUUAUUGCGGAAUGCUGUGUCUUUACGCCAGAUGUGAUGGGACCUCUUCCAAAAAGAUCCACUUUUAGCUUUUCAGUCCACAGGGAACUUCAAGGUAUUCUUUGGUUAGCAGUGGUUUUUGCCACGCAACUCUCCCAUGGAAAACAUUUCUGCCUCUUUAACAGUCUUGGCACGUCCAAUUGAAUUGAUCCCAAUUUAACCCAGUUUUGGGUUAAUUGGUUAACAUUUUCACAUGGGGCGAGUGGGCACUGUAUUGCUUUUAUCCUAAUGAGUGAAAUGAUCAUUUGAUCUGAAACAAGAAUGAGAAAUAUGAAAAAAUAGAUGAAUUACAGGGGGCAAGUUCUUUUUCACAGCAUUGCAGACAUACUCCUGCCAGUCUGCCCUCGAUUGCGCAAUCCUGUCCCGAUUCAAAAAAUCCCAAGGCAUUAAAAGGCAUUUAGGUAAUGAGGUUUUGCCUCAUGGAAGUGCAAGAGGUUGCAAUUGCACCGAGUUCAAAGGAUGUCUCAAGAUCUCGCUCUGUAUUGCACUAAUGCAAUAAUGACAAUGUGUCGUAUGCAAUGCAACUAUGCAUAAACAUGCAUUAUCAUCAGCUUAUUUAGCUUCUUUUUUUAGCUUACAUAUUUUAAAGGGGUGUUCUGGCCUAAAUCUAGAGUUUAAUAUGUGUUGUUGUGUUAUUGCAGUGUUCUGUAGCUCCGCGUCAUUAUAUCCCUGAUUUUAUAGUUUUCAUGUUUUCCUUGUAGUGAAUGUUCUUUCACUACAAUACCCACAGUGCAUUACGCAAAUGUGUCAUACAACCACUGGGAAUCCCUGGAGUGUCGACCAAUCCUGACUACUAGCCUAAACACUAAUUAUAAACAAAACAGUUUGUUUUUUCGAAGGUUGCCUCUACCUUCAAGAUUUGUCAUCAGAUUUCUAGAAAAUCUUAGUCCGAUCCAGAAAAAAAUUAAACAUUUAUACAUGAUACUACUUGCCAGUUGCCGAAUUUCAUCGGUAAAAAAAUUUAUCUAAGUGUAUUUUUUAAAAAUAGGCUGUGAAUUUAUUGUAUUCCAUUGCUAGUGUAAAGGUGUGGGAGGAGUUUUCAUAGGCAUAAUUGUCAUGUUUACAAGAAAACUUGUAACUCUUGGCUCUACAUGAUGAAACUUUCAUGCAACUACUUGCCUGCAACAUGAUUUACAUGCAACUUGACCUGAAUUACUUGACUAGCAAUUUUAAAACAAAGAUGCACACAAAUCACUCAGUUAGGCUGGGUUUACUCGGCAAAUCUUUCAUGCAACUAGUUACAUGUUAUGAUUCCCCUGCAACAUAAUUCCCAUGCAACUUGACACUUCAAACAAAAAAGUUGGAUGCACCACAAUCACUCACUCCAACUGUUAGGCAGAAUAGCAGCUCGUAUUUUUUAAAACUAUCAUUCUCGCUAUAAUCUAUCAUCUAUAAGCUAUUAUCUGUCAUAAGUGAGUAUUGAGUCAACAGGUUUCUUCAAGGUACAAGGAAAUGCAAAAUGAAAUUACAUGUGAUUAUGUGAUCGUUCAUGGCACACAGCAGAUACAGGAGAAUAAAAAAACACUUUACUGGUUAACCCUUGCAGAUGUUAUCAGUUUCAAGUAAGUUGCACUUGAGUUGCAUAAUAUCUUUAUAUAAUGCAACUCAAGUGCAACAUAGUUUCACGCAGGUUUCAACUGAAGUUGCAUGAAGGUUUCACUGUUUCACCAUUUAAAGCCAACCCAAAGAGUGCUUUAUUUUGAAACGUUUAUGCGCAGAAUUUUGCAACUGCUCACUGGCUGCUAUCAUAAAUGACUAUCAGGUCAACAGGUUUCUUCUUUACUACGUUUAAGGAAAUGUGAGAGAAAUUACUGUCCAUGUUAAAUGACAACACAGUGCAGAUGCAGAAGGCUGUAAAACACUUUAAACACUUGUUAACUCACUGUUAUGCAGCGUUUGUUGCGAUUGACCCAAAGACAGCAAGCUAAACUCCGCUAGGUGUUUGUUUUGGCGUUCCCCUCAAAGGUAAAUAUGAGACACGGCACCAUAGGAACCCCGCAGUAUCUGGCAACCAGGCAUGAGGCAGAACCACUAUCGUCCGCUGGUUACAGGGAAUGUUGCACUGACUUUGCCGAGGUGUUCCGAUUACGUGUACAUAACGUUUGCUGAGGACUAUUAAGGGCUACGCAGCCCUUUGAGACAUGCGAAGAGGUUUAUUUCUCAGGCUGGCAGAAAAUGUAUAAAUAUGGAUUUGCCUUAUCAAGUAUGUGUUGCCUUCCUGAUUGGUUGUAAAGAAGCAAAAUAUACACUGUAUGAAAAAUAUAAACGUAUGUACAGUUCUAAAGCUACAUGGAUAUACCUGCAGUGAGUCCAGACGUGUUUGCACAGGUGUGAAAGUGAAUACGUUUGCCUAAAUACAGGACGCCCAGACAGAGGAUAUGCGAGAGGAAAACUGAAGAGAUUAAGAUGGAAUUUUGAGUUAGCCAAUAGUAAUUAGUUUUAAUUACUUUAUUAGUAUGUACUAAUAUGUUCCCAAUAUUAAUGUCAGAACCUUUAGCAAAGGUCCCUGUUCAUAAUUGGUUUUAACAUCUGUCGCCACAGCCGAUUACACCUGCUGAAGUCCAAUGCGUCAAGAGUUGUACCGUGAUCUGAUUGGACCACUCAAAGUGUAUGUUAAUGCCAGGAGUAAACAGGGCCUUAGACAGAGGAUCAAGUCUGGUUUUAGUCAGGAUCAUGUUUAGCUAUACUAUCUGCAUGUAAAUUGUUUUAAAUCAGAAUCGGAUUCAAAUGUCGAAAUUUCUCACUACAAGCUACUAUCAGUACUAUCAGUGAUGGGUGUCCUGCACGACGCUAAACUAUCACUUUCUCUCGUCUGCUAACAUGGCCAUCACCACAGCUUUCCAUACUCAAUGUAACUACUGUAUCGCCAAGCCAGAACUCCACAAAACCAACCUCCGCACACCAAACACUGGGCAUGUUCUACACCACACGUGAGCCAUAUUCUUCAAACAUCACACAGCACCCUACUCUGAGACUACACUCCUAAAAAUAAAAGGUUCUGUGGAGCGACACUGUAAAAUAGUGUUUCGUUUCUCUAAAGAAUAGGCCUGUGCCGGCAGCAGAACCCUCUUAUUUGGAUAACCAUGUGGAAAUGAAUGGCAGUGGCCUAGAAAAGCAGUCCAUUUGGACAGUGGGCUAGCUUUUGGAAAGCACGUUCAACUAGUGCAGCUCAACAGCUGCAUUUCUAAACCUAGACUUUAGGUAUUUCCACAAAGUGGUUAAACACUUUUUUCUAGUAAUUUUGAGACAGUCCCUAACACUGAAAUGGAUGCAGGUGUAGAAACCUAAUCAAAUCAAUUUGCGAUUUUUACCACUGAUGUUGUCACAAAGCAGCUUCACAGAAUUCCAGAAAAGAGAAAGUUUUAACACGAAUGUAAAACCCCCAGGUAAGCAAGCCAGGGAGCUGAGAAAGGUGGGUACUCUGUAGGACUGUCCGAGAACGACCCCCCUGUUUGCUGGCAAAGGCUUACCAAGGCCACUUUGUCACAUCAUCAGAAAUGAUUUGGGUUAAGAAAUUAAAGGAGUAAAUACUGUCGAUGUCAAAGAUAAGCUGGCAAGCGGAACAUGACAUGAAUUAUGUAACGUGGCAGGCAAAACAAUUUGUGCUGUCCUGCAAGCGGAAAAAUGUUGACCGAAAGCAGGUACAUUUCACACCUGGCAUUCAAAUUACACUCUUAGACCGGCCUCUACUCCAAGGAUACCGGGCCACAGAAGACCGGGUACCUUUCGGUAGCAUCUUUGAAAAUUGUCAGAAUGUAGGCUGCUUUUCUUGGGUAUCACAGCCUGUGAUGACACAGAGACCUAGAAACACAACCCACUUGAACAGUGGCCUUGUUUUUGGAACACACCUGGUGCCCAUCCAUCCAAGCGUGUUCAACUAGUGCAGCUAAACAGCCGCGUUCCUAAAACAGUCUAUACUAUCAGGUACUCUAAAUGUGCUACUGAUGUAGGACAGUGGUCUACUAUCCCGCAGAGUUAAGGUACAACCUGCCCCUCCUUACCGAACACUAACCUGAUCCAGCCAAUGAAGGACUUUUGAAGUUCAUUAGCUGGAGCAGGGGUGGUUCCUGUCACUGGAACUGGUUCCUUCUGCAGGAAGGUAGAUCUCGAGGACCAGGGUUGGUGACUGAUGUAGGAUAUCCACAGGUUCAGUUAUGUUCUCUUGAGGGAACACUAGUGUCUUCCUAGUCUUUGCAACGAAUCAAUCAAUAAAUGAACGACAACAUUUUUAACUGGUGGUAAACAAGUUUUCACCAUCACCUGAGACGGUUUCCAUGGAAACCCGGUUCACUGUCACCAGGCACAGGUCUACUAAAGAACCAGAAUGGCUCUUUAAGGGACCAGUUUUGUUAGUGAGGCAUGAGUGUGAAGAACCUUGGAGAAUGUAAAGGUUCUACACCAGUUUGAACCGUCCAUCUAGAACCUUUAUUUCUAAGAGUGUACAAAGACAUUCAGUCAGUGGUGUAUUUCAGUAGUUUAGCAGUACCAGUGACACAUUCUAGAACUUUUCACUAGCAGUUGCAACAAAAGCAGUUAGUUGCAGAAACGUCUUCAGGAACGGGGUCAGUUUCUGGCUUGAGUGCUCUUUUUUUUUAUUGAUUUCUACUGUAUUCAAUCCAGGUAGCUCUACGGAAAGGAAAUGUAAACGCUGGCAGUUGACUUGAAUCUUUAUUGUUUUGAUGCUUUCUUAUAGUGUUUCCUAUCCAUUUCUCCAUGCUGUAUUUUGAACAUUAAUACAAAUAUUCUGUUGUUUUCUGCCUUCGAUCUCUUGUGCAAUAUGCCGUUCCUGCAUUGACCACAAUACGUGUAAAUAAUGUGUUUUUAAAUUAUUACUUUUUACACAUACUUUGACAAAUUUAUUUUCCCGUAUUUGUAUCUGUAGGUGGCAAUCCUGUCUUUUUUUUUUCUUUCGUUAUAAACAAACCUUUCUCUCGUGCCAACCCCAUAACUACGGAGGACGCUUGUCUCCUGACCACGACUUUAUGACUUUCUGUAAAUAUGAAUUGAAAGAAAUCGUUUCUCUAUUCUAUGUAAUUAAAAAGAUGAACAGGAAAAAAAUAUUUUAUCUAUUUGAACGGACAGUAUGUAACUACAGUGUUGGUUUUUCUUUACUGUCGCUGUGGUCAUUUUUCUUAGUUUUAGUGACCAGGAGGCCUUUUUGGAUUAAGAACUGAUUAACAUUGUUAAAGUUUUGGCUCUCCUGGUCAAAUGACACUGUUUUGGUGCAUUUCUAAGUGAAAACACCGCUCUGUCCAGGGAACGUCUGGCAAUUUCAAUGCACAGUCACUGUUUAUAUGCGGAGCUGAACAUACUGGAAGAAAAUAAAACAAAUUGCAGCCUGUGCAAAAGUAAUGGCACAUUUUAUAUUUUAUGUUCCACUUUGCCUCCUCUUUGCCAAUAUGUCACUCUCAGUAAAUAACCAUAAACUGUGCAUUGAAAUAUGCCAUAUUGAGGUUUUCUGUACAGGAUAAACUUAUUUGACUAAUAAAAUGUCACUGUAUGAGAUGAUCAGUCUGGACUAAAGCAGGACGGGUAGUUUCGUUUAUUUCCGUCUCGUGGUUUUGAGGGUGAAGUGUUGGUUUUCUGGGUGGUUGUGGCCUCAGGUGUCUACUGACCUACAGUACCUGUGUAGAUAUUGUACAGGUUGGAUUGUGUCAUUAAAUUAAUCCUGUCUAUGAAAAUGGGGAAAGGCCAGCCAUGGAAAAAAAAAAUACUGAAAAAAAAAAAGAACUGAGGUGACUUUUUAUCCAAAUAAAUUUCUUAAAAUGA